ACUUUUAUGCUCUUAUUUUGGUGUUACUUCUUCCAGUCGUAAAUGUCAUGUCAGCUUGACGCAGCUGGAGCCAGCGCGCAGCGAAGCUCCACAGUCACAAACAAGGCACAAAAGUGCAUCCAAAUGAGCGCUUAGGUCCCACUGCAGCCCCACAAACCCCUGACACUCGGCUGGACUUGUCGGGACCCCGCUGCGGCUCUGUCCUGGAGGAUUAUAGCCGGGUCUGAGCGUCCACGGCUGGGCCUCUUCGUCGUGGCCCAGCGGGACUCGAGUGAAGUUCGGGGCCAAACUUCUGCUUCUGUGUGCGGCUGUGUGCGCCUCUGUCCGCGGGGCCCGGGGCCUCUGUCACCGGCCCUGUGGAUGAGGGAUUAACACGCAAACCCACACAACAUCCAGGAGACAGGAUCCCGUUGAUGGGAGACUCCUCUGUCCUGGAGUCCUGGGUCAACCGCCGUUCCACAAUGAUGGAUGAGCAGGAGGUGCUGAAGUCAAUCAUGCAGGACUUGGCUGAACUGCACCGCUCCAGCCGACCUGCCAUGUUCCUAUCAGACCUGGGCAAACCCAAGGCCUCGUCGCCCAAAAACCAGAAUGACGUUCGGGUAAAGUUUGAGUUCAAAGGGGAGAAGAGGAUUCUACAGUUUCCUCGACCGGUCAAACUGGACGAACUCCGAGACAAAGCGAAAGUGGCUUUUGGUCAAAACAUGGACCUUCACUACACCAACAAUGAGUUGGUGAUCCCACUGACGACGCAGGACGACCUGGACAAAGCUGUGGAGCUGCUGGACCGAAGCGUUCACAUGAAGAGCCUGAAGAUUCUCCUAGUGCUGCACUCCCAGAAUUCCUUGUCAAACAUGGAGCUGCUGCCGUCUCAAGAGGAGCUGGACAACACUGGCUUCAGAGGCACAGACAAAAACAUGCUCGCGCUCAUCGGUUCCCAGUCAGACCGCAGCUCUCCUCCUCCCGGUUACAUUCCCGAUGCUCUCCAGCAGGUGGCGAGAAAUGGCUCUUUCACCAGCAUCAACAGUGAAGGAGAGUUCAUCCCUGAGAGCAUGGACCAGAUGUUGGAUCCUCUCUCGAUGAGCAGUCCGGAGAACUCUGCGUCUGGAAGCUGUCCAUCACUAGACAGUCCACUCGACAGUGAUUACCCAAAGUCAAGGAUGCCACGAGCACAGAGUUACCCAGACAACCAUCAAGAUUUCCCAGAGUACGACAUCCCGGUGUUUGAGAAAUCAGGGAAAGGAGGCACGUAUCCACGGCGCUACGGUGUUCCCUUUAGCCCUCAAGACUACAGUGACGGGAGGAAGACGUUUCCUCGAGCUCGGAGGACACAGGUUCAUGGCUUCAGGUCUCCAGUGAGUUUCAGCCCCACAGACCAGUCCCCGAGCACCAGCAGCGGAAGCAGCGUGUUCAGCCCCGACGCGGAGGACGGCGCCUCCCGCAGGACACGCAGAGGAAGUGACAUUGAACCCAAUACAAGCGCCGCCCCCACACUGUCAGUCAUGGACAUCAGCCCACCCAGCCGCUCUCCUCGCGCACCCACAAACUGGCGCCUGGGGAAGCUGUUGGGUCAGGGAGCAUUCGGUCGUGUUUACCUCUGCUACGACGCAGACACCGGGAGAGAGCUCGCUGUGAAGCAGGUGCAGUUUGACCCUGACAGCCCCGAGACCAGCAAGGAGGUGAGUGCUCUGGAGUGUGAGAUCCAGCUGCUGAAGAACUUGUGCCAUGAGCGGAUAGUGCAGUACUACGGCUGCCUGCGUGACUCCAUGGAGCGCACUCUCUCUAUCUUCAUGGAGUACAUGCCGGGGGGCUCGAUAAAGGACCAGCUGAAGUCAUACGGUGCACUGACAGAAAACGUGACACGGCGCUAUACCCGACAGAUCCUGGAGGGGGUGUCGUAUCUCCACAGCAACAUGAUCGUGCACAGGGACAUCAAAGGAGCGAACAUCCUGCGAGACUCUGUGGGGAACGUGAAGCUGGGCGACUUUGGGGCGAGUCGUCGUCUUCAGACCAUCUGUCUGUCGGGAACAGGGAUGAAGUCGGUCACCGGGACGCCAUAUUGGAUGAGCCCGGAGGUGAUCAGCGGAGAAGGCUAUGGCCGCAAAGCAGACAUCUGGAGCGUGGGCUGCACCGUGGUGGAGAUGCUCACACAGCGCCCCCCGUGGGCAGAGUUCGAGGCAAUGGCAGCCAUCUUUAAAAUCGCAACUCAGCCAACGAACCCGGUGCUCCCUCCGCACGUGUCCGAUCACUGCAGGGAGUUCCUCCGGAGGAUCUUUGUGGAGACCAAACUGAGGCCCUCUGCUGAUGACCUGUUGCGCCACAUCUUUGUACAUUAACAUUGACUUUGACCUUUGACCUUUGACCUGCAGCCUGCCCCGAGCCGCCUUACUCCCACAGCGCCCCCUAUGGACUAGGAGUCGCUACUGUCAGGAGGAGGUGCCUCUGCUACAGGCCUGUCACAAUUCGACUAACAAUGAUAAUUAUCCAAUAAACUUUAAGUCUUUAUACCCCAAAGAAAUAAUCCGUUAAAAAAGUUGUGGGUUGGGACAGACAUCUUUAAAGAUGUUGGCUACGUUUACACGCACACCAAAAAUCCAAUCAUAAUUUCUGGAGUUGCCAUUUAAGUUCUAUCUUAUGUGAGUUAUCUGAUUUCUUUGAGCGUACACACUGUGCAGGUUUUGAUGAGGAAAAUUAUGCAAAAAAUCGGUAAACCCAUGCGGUAAAAACAAAACUGAAAGAGGAAAUGUUCAAGAUUGAAAGAACUAUUUAAAUUCAUGGUAGUUUGUCUUCCAAAUUCAACAGUUACUGAUCCACUGGCAUGUGUCAUCAGGUGUUUUUGAUGAUCAGAUGUCUCUUGUGCUGUAAACACCAAAAUCAGAUCUAAGUAUUGGGUUAUCUGAUUACUCUAGAUACCAGAUUUUUACUGGCCAUGUAUAUGCACCCUCUGUCCCUAUCCUGCAGUUAUCUACGGACUACAACACGUUUAGGGCCAAAUGCUCAUAAAACCAACUAAUGUGUCUCUGUUGCCCCCUAGUGACUGGUAUGAUUGUGACAGGCCUGUAUUCCCUCGUCUCUGUUUGUCUGAGACCGCCAUAGAGAAGAUAUUUUAAGAUAUUUUUGACUUUCUUCGCACCUUAAUUUUAGACCUGGAGGAGUUUCACACUUCUCCAGAAAAAUCAGAAUCUCCUAAAUGUUUGUUUUGUAUUUUGUCUUUCCUCUCUCGUCGUUGCGGACCUACAGUUUGUGUGGCCGUUAAAUCCAGAAUGUAAACUCCUUAAAAAUCUAUAGCUGCUAAAAAGGAGUCGACCAGAUAGGAAAUAAGGGGGUAUUAUAGAAGGAAAACUCUUUGUUGGUGUCGGAACAUUAAAGGGCCCAUAUUACACUAUUUUCUGAUCUAUGUUAUAAUGUUGUUUCCUGGAGUUGUGUUUUUGUUUCAUUCACACAUGUUUAACACACAAAUCCUGCAUAUUUAAGCUGAGUUCUUCUCUCAGACUGAAAACACUCUGUUCCACCUUGUGAUGUCAUAUGUGGUGAUACAGGAAGUGUUCCAAUGUCUUUUUAAACUCCAUACCUCUUCACUAUAAUCAUUUGGAUGACUUCAGACUUGGAAUUGUCAAUCUCUACUGAACAAAAGGUAAAAGGUAGCUGCUAAUUUGAAAACUACCACUACCAUGACCUCACAAGGUGGAACACAGCAUUUUGAGCUUUGGAGAGACAGACAAAUGAUGAAGGAGUACUCAAACAUGUGUGAAUGAAACAAAACACAACUCCGGGUAUGUUUUUGAGGCAUUAUAACAUGGCUUAAAGCUCUCAAGAGUCAAUUUUGUGUAAUAAAGGACCUCUACAUAUUGGUACUUUUAGAUGCCCACAAAUAGGAUUCCCUGUUUAAUAUGCCCCAAGCACUCCUGUAGAAAUCACAAAUCACUGUUUUAAGCUUAUCACUUUUGAUGGACGCGUUACUAGAACUGGAAUGGUUGCCUGGGUGAAUAUUUGCAUUACUAGAAAUGUAUUUUAUAUAUAUAUAUAUAAGUAAAAAAAAAUGUUCACAAGGUUUUGGCCACAACUAAUAUUAAUGCCGACUUGAGGCACAGGCAGUGAGGAAUAUCUUUGAACCACUGCAAAUAGUUAAAAAUGAACUAGUUCUGUUUUCACAUUUCAAUCAGGUACAGCUUUUUUUAAAUAGGUACUGUACUUUGGUUUUGUUUACUAUAAGGUACUUGAUAAUGCUAGAUACCCAUUUGUAAAAAGGUUACUACUAAAGAAACUAAGAACUAAGCAAUGUACGAGCGCAAAUCUAAACCAAGGUCACUAUCUUGCUAUUAAAGCUACAGAACCUGAUUUUCAAACCAUAAAAGAAGAAAUUGGUCAAAUCUAAAAGUUUGAAUGAAACAAAACACAACUGAAAUUAUGUCUUUGAGGAGGCUAUUAUCUCACAAUUGUAAAAUAUGCUUAAAACAUGACCUCUGGUGACUCAAAUAAAUAUUAUGCAAUGGUACUUGAAGAAAUCUUGAUCAAAAAGUAAUGCCUCAGCUCUAGACGUACUGAAAAGUGUUGUCGGCCAUCUUGGAUCCGCUCCAGUUCUAGUUACCAUCCCUCCUUCCUCUCCACUUCCUGCUUCUUCUUCCUCGCACUCUUUCUUUGUGCCUUUUUCUGUUAUUUCAAAUGCAGUGUUCAAAUGUAAGAAUGCGUCUACAGUUUUGCCUCCUGGAUUUAAAGUUGCACUGUGUAACUUUUCUGGUGGAUGGUGCCCCAAAUGCUAGUCUCCAUAGAGAUGUCAUUAUUUUGUCUAGAAUGUUUUGCAGUGUAGAAUUAAUCUUUUAUAAUGUGUUUUUAAGGUAUUUGUCAACAAUUAACACACCUGUAAUUGACUAAAUGCAAGAUGGAUGAUUAACGUCCUACUGUGGAACAUUCCAGGCAUAGCAGUAACAUUUCCAUGGAAACAAGCAGCUGAUGGAUCUGCUGCCAGAAAAGUUACAUAGUGUGUCUUUAAUAAAAACAACUGCCUUCGCACCGUUUUGCCCGGUUACAGCUGACCUCCACUCAGCUUAAAACUGCUACUUCUGCCUUCAAAACAAAAUAUACCAAUAACACUUUGCCUUUUGCGAUACUUGGAAGGAAACAGUUCAUUUUAAACUUGAUCAUAUCUUAAUAACUGUACAAAACAAUUUUAAACACAUCAGUGGACAGGAAGUUGAAAGCUGAUUGGCCGUUUUUUUUCUGGCUGCGUGACGCUUUUGUCCAAUAAGAACCCUGUAUUGAAUGAUAUACAAGGUACUACACGCUACGACUGUUCAAAUUGUCUUUAUUUUGACAUAGGGCUGGGCAGUCUCAAAGAAGCUCCAUCCUCCUUACAUUUGGACCUGUUUUGUGCACUUAUUAAAUGUAAUCAACUAAUAAUGGCCAAGUUAAAGCUACCAUCUGUAAGUUUAUUUGACAAAAACAAAGAAAAUGAUGGGGCUAGCCAGGAUGCUGAUAGGUGUGAAAUCACUCAUUAGGGGUUUGAAUGAUUACGCUAAGUAGGACUCGGGCACAGUUAGCUCCUCCCUUCAAAUAGAUAUAAGGCAGUGUCCACCAGUAAUCUGAAGAAGCGGCUUGGAGGAGCAGCGAAACGUCUUCACUCCUACGUUUUAUCCAGUUGACAGAUUUUAUAUUUUUCUUUUAGUAUGGAUCAUACCUGUACGACUGAGUGAUUACACAGACAAGUUUAUUUGUUGUUUUUUUUUACCAUUAAUAUGUCUGAUGUGAAACCUGUUCCCCUCCCAUCGCCUGGCUCCUCCCCCCUCCUCUCUCCUGGCCUUUGUUCCGGCUCACCUGUGCUCUCUACUUUUCUUCUGUCAGACCAAAGCUGGCACAUAUCAGACAGCAUCUAGUGGUGAUAUGUGAGACAGGGCCAAUCUAAUUACACAUGGUAGCUUUAAUGGUUCAGUCUAAUUGUCCAAAAAUAUGCAACAAGUUGGAUUUUGCAAUAGUAAUAUAACUGUCAGAAAAAAGCUGCUCUUAAAUAGUAAUAUACACCAGCUUGCCCAGCCCUACUCUGUCAGCUACUUUUAACAAAAUCGCUCCAAAAAUGACUUAAACCGUGAACACUCCUUUAUUUUAAGCUGAUUCACCUAUGCACCCCUCUGUCACAGCUCGCGUUCAUAAAACUGUAUUGAGUUUUUUAUAUUGCAGAGGAUAGCGCCCUCUGUUGGCACUGGUUAAACCUCGAUACCAUUAUGCACUAUCACUAUAAUGCUUUGAUUCCUCCACUUUUCCUUUGCACAUUUUUUUAUUUUUUGGUACGGAUGAGUUGUAUGUACGAUGUAUUAACUUUUAAAUUCAAUUGCAUCACUUGUUUAGGCUAGAUCUUGCCUUUUAUAACAAUAUUGUCCUCAAGAAAAGAUGGAUUUUAUGAAUGUAUAGUGUUAAUUUCACCAUACAAUUGCCUGAUUCUGAAAAUUGCCAUGACAAAACUGUUGGUUCAAGUUCUCAAAUGUUUUUUUGUGAAUGAGUGUGUCCCAUAGGCUGUUUAAAACAAAGAGAUGGUGACUAAGCCAGAACAGAACCGGGACUGCACUGAAACUACUCCAGGAUUUCACUGGGACUAAACCAUGACUAAACAAAGAUUAAACCUUGGAAUUAACUCAGACGACAAGACUGAAUCAGGACUAGACCAGGACUAGACCACUAUAAGGAAUUAGGCUAUAAGGAAUUCUAAACAGUCUAUGGCAUGUGAAUGCAUUUUAUCUGUAGGAACUGAAAUUAUGAAAAGUAAUUAUUAAAAAAAAAAAAAAAAAAAAAAAUCUGUACAGAUGUAAAAAGACAAAUUGUACCCUCUUUUGUUUUUUAAAGAAAAGUAUAAAUCUGAUGUUGUGUCUUGUAUGAGAAGCCAUUUAUAAUUCUGAUUGGUUUGUGACCAAUGCACCUGUUUAUAUGAUCUGUAUAUCAGUGGUACGCAUAAUUUUUUAAUAUAUAUUUUUAUUUUCUUUUUUUAAACGGGAGGUUUAUGCACGACACGAUGCAGAGGUGGCAUUUAACGGUUAAAUGCUGUUUUUUGUUUUCCGUUUUGGCAGAAGUCUGGAGGAUUGCUAUGUGUCCAAAAUGACGAUUACAAUGGAAACAAUAAAUAUAUUUAUUUGCAAAUAA